AUGGGAGAGUUCGAUUUGACGGGUAAGGAAAUGGAACUGCGUUUUGCAGUGAAGAAUCGCAAAUGGAAGCGUGUUGUGCAGAUUUACGAUGAUCCAGAGAUUCGGAAGAGCAGGAUCAACAGGUGGGGAGACACAGCAUUGUACGCCGCCAUUGAGACAGAGGACACUGCUACUGUCGAACGAUUGAUCGGCGAUACUCCUCUUCACUGCGCAGCCUCUCGUGGCUCUGCCUGCAUCUGUGCUGCCAUCAUCGGAAUGUUCCACAAAUCACUGAUUGGGGUGCGUAAUAACAGCGAAGAGACUCCUCUCUUCUUGGCUGCUUUUCAUGAUCACCGAGUGGCCUUCCUCGUUCUCCACCUUGCUGCAGGUGAAGAUAGCCCACUCUAUUGGAGAAGGAACAACGGGGACUCUAUGCCUCAUUGCACUAUUAGGAGAGAAUACUUCGGUACGUACACCAGUGAAUUAACUAGCUAUCUGUCAAAUAAGGGCUACUAG